AUGGCUGAGCCUAGAGAGGAAGAUCCUGGGUCCGAAGAAGAAACUGAAUCAAUUUCUGAAGGUGUAGAAGAACAGCAAAUAGAAGAGUAUGAGCCAGUGGUCAGUGAAGAAGACUAUGAAGAAAAAAAGCCAGCCCAAGAGGAGGUCAGUGAACUAUCUCCAGGACAAAGGGAACCCCCCUUAACAGAAUCCAGAGAGGAGCUCAGUUCAAUAGAAUCAAUAGAGGAGGAAAGCUCAACAGAACCAAUAGAGGAACCCAGCUCAACAGAACCAACAGAGAGACUCAGCUCAGUAGAACCAACAGAGGAGCCUAGUUCAACAGCUGAGGAGCCCAGUUUAAUAGAACAAAGAGAAGUCAGUUCCACAGAGCCACCCCAAAUUUCUCCUGCCAUUCAAGCUUCACUUCAACUAGAAAAUAUAGACCGUUUAUUCAGAGAUGAGUUGUCCAAGAUAGAAAGGGCCAGGGGAAAGAGUAUUUUAAGGCCAUCUUCAAGAGAUAGGAGCACUCCAGGGACAUCAGAGGCACCAGACCAGGUUCAAGCAGUAGGAAUGGAAACCAGAGCAGUUACUCCACUCUUAGAUACCAUUAAUCUCUUCAGCCAACCUGGGGAAGCUGGAAUAGAGCAUAUAUCAGAAUCAGAGAUAAGUGAAGAGAUGGAAGAAGAAGCUCAGCUGGUGGUUUUGGAUCCAAACCAUCCCUUGAUGAAAAGAUUCCAAUCUGCAUUGAAGAAUUACCUAAAGAAACAGAUAGGAAAAAUCAAGUUGGAGAUCCUUGAACUGAAUGUGGCUACAAAGCAUGGCAAAACUCAAAGGGAGGAGCUCGGUGUACAACUCUAUGGUGUACAGCAGCAUUUGGCUCAGCUACAAAUGGAACUGGAGAAGAGCCAUGAUCAAUAUUCUGUCAUUGAGGCUGAAAGGAGGCAGACAGAGGAAGAACUCCAAACUAUUAGGGCCCUCUACAAUAAAACCGUUGCUACUGCCAAGGACGAACAAAAAAAAAUGGCUGAGCUACAGGCUGAGAUGGAAUCCUUGACAUUGCGCCUGUUCUACCUGCAGAAUAUAGACCAGGAUGUACAAGAUGAUAUCAGUGUAAUGAAACAGGUGGUAAAGAAGGCUGAACUUGAGAAGCAGAAUGCAGAAUUUGAGAAGAAAAAACAGGAUCUCUUUGUGGACCGGCUCACCAGGACUGCCAACCAGUUAGAAGAGCAAAUUGCUUUAUAUGAAGCACAAUUAGGUGCCCAGACUCAAGACACAAAAAUUAUAAGACAGGCAGUGGCUGAGGCCUGCACAGAAAUAGAUUCUAUCAACUUGGAGAAAAAGCAUCUGUUUCAAAAUUGGUCAACCAGUUUGGUGGGAAUGAAACACAGAGAUGAAGCCUACAAUGCUAUCUCAGAGGCACUCAGGGACUCCAAUCAUCAAGCUAAAUCCCUGGAUAGUGAAAUUGAAGCUUAUAAGAAAUCAAUCAUGAAGGAGGAAGAAAGGAAUGAACUACUGGCAAGAAUUUUAAACCGUGCUGAGAAUGAUGCUAAUACUAACCAGAAACUGAUCUCUCAAUGCACAACCAAGCAUGAAGCCCUGCAAAAAGAGUUUACCACCUAUACCCUCACACUGCACAGUACUGAGGAAGCCUACUCCCAGACUUAUUCGGAGCGGGCAGCAUGCAUAAAUGAAAUGCAAACUCUCCAUCAAAACAUUGAAAACGAGUAUGAUCAUAAGAAGAACAAGGAGAACAGCAUCAUAGAGAAGCUACAGGACCAGAAGAUGUCCAGCAAAAUGAUGAAAUAUUUCACCCAUCUAUUGACGAAGCUUCAGAAGAAAAAGACAGACAUGGUGACACAUCUUUCCAAAAUUGAUGGUGAAAUUGCUCAGACUGCUCUUAAUAUCACAAAUACCAAUAUCCGAAAAGAAGCAUAUCAAACUACACUUACAGAAUUGGACAAGGAAGUAGAAAAGAUCAAUGAACUCAUCAAUAAUAGUGAAAGUGAAAUUGCUAGACGUACAAUACUGAUUGAACGCAAGCAAGGGCUCAUUAAUGUGUUUAACAAGAGAGUGGAUCAAAUUAUUUCUGAAUUGGGGGGAGAAGAGUUGGGACCGGUCGAAGUAGAAAUCAGAAGAGUGACCAAAUUGAUAGAGGAAUAUAAUUCAAACAUCAUUCAGCAACAGAUGAAAUGGCUUCGACUACAGCAAGAACUAGUCAAACUAACCCACGAACAGGAGGAUCAGUUGGCCUCGGUGGAUAUGUUUAAGAAACAGAUUACAAUCAUGGAACAAAAGAAACUUCGGCUAGAGAAAAAGAUUGACCAAGAGAAGAGUGAGAUCAAAGAAAUUGAAUGUCACAUGAAAGAAAUGGACAAUGACCUGAAAAAAUUUAAUACUUUGAUCUGCAAGAACAGAUGCAGCACUGAAGAGCUACAGCAGGGCAACUUGGUGACUGAGAAUGAAUUUGUCCGGUCACUCAAGGCAUCUGAGAGAGAAUCCAUUGAAAUGCAAGAGAAGCUGGUCUUUUUGAAUGAAGAGAAAAAGUCUCUCCUGAAUAAACUGGUGGAAGCAGAACACCAGAUUAUGCUUUGGGAGAAAAAAAUCCAGUUGGCAAAAGAGAUGCGAGCUGCAGUAGAUUCAGAAACUGGCCAGGCUGAGAUCCGAACCAUGAGAGCAGAGAUUCAUAGAAUGAAUGUUAAACAUGCACAACUGAAGAAGCAGCAAGAGAAAAUGAUUCGAGAAAUGGAAGCUGCCAUCACUCAUAGAGAUACCUUUGUGACUCGGGGAGAAGGUCAAAGCAAAAUUGACAAGAAACUACUUACCAGAACCCACUUUCACCACCAACAAAUGGAGCUUAGGAGGAAAAUCAGGGAUAUUCAAAAGUUCACUGAAGACUGCAACCAAAGCAUCUCUGAAAUGGAGGAAACUCAAAAAUGCCUAAGUGAGACUCUUGUAGAAAAGCAGGAAAAGCUUUCCAAUCUGGAGAAAGAGACUGACCUACUUGAAAAUUCUAUCAGUCAGCUCACAGAUCUUAAGAGACAGAAUUUUACAGAACUUGUAAUGUUUCAGAACCGUAUUAAGUCUCUCCACACUGCAAAGGAAGGAAAAUAUGUAUGCUUGUUCCGAUCUAAACAAUCUCUGCAAAAUGAAAGGAAGAAACAGGAGGACCGAAUGAAUAUCAUAUGCAGCAUUAUUGAUCAUGUUAACAAAGAAUAUCCCCAUUUCCAAGCAACACUUCAAAAGCUCAACCAGACAAUAUCAGCCAGGCCACAAUUUACUCUUCCUUCUUAG